AUGACAUGUUUCGUGCUGCACUACGUCUUAUCCUACUUGACAGUUCACCAGGUUGUCAUCCAUGCAUCUUCCCUCCUUUUUAGAUACCCCCGCUGGGCAGUCAGACAAUUCAGACACCCCCGCUUUUCAUUCAGCCAGGUAAGGCACCCCGCUUGUCACUCAGCCAGUUCAGGCACCCCGCUUGUCACUCAGCCAGUUCAGGCACCCCGCUUGUCAGUCAGCCAGUUCAGGCACCCCGCUUGUCACUCAGCCAGUUCAGGCACCCCGCUUGUCACUCAGCCAGUUCAGGCACCCCGCUUGUCACUCAGCCAGUUCAGGCACCCCGCUUGUCACUCAGCCAGUUCAGGCACCCCGCUUGUCACUCAGCCAGUUAAAGACACCCCGCUUGUCACUCAGCCAGUUCAGGCACCCCCGCUUGUCACUCAGCCAGUUCAGGCACCCUCGCUUGUCACUCAGCCAGUUCAGGCACCCCCGCUUGUCACUCAGCCAGUUCAGGCACCCUCGCUUGUCAGUCAGCCAGUUCAGGCACCCCGCUUGUCACUCAGCCAGUUCAGGCACCCCGCUUUUCACUCAGCCAGUUCAGGCACCCCCGCUUGUCACUCAGCCAGUUCAGGCACCCCCGCUUGUCACACAACCAGUUCAGGCACCCCGCUUGUCACUCAGCCAGUUCAGGCACCCCGCUUGUCACUCAGCCAGUUCAGGCACCCCGCUUGUCACUCAGCCAGUUCAGGCACCCCGCUUGUCACUCAGCCAGUUCAGGCACCCCCGCUUGUCAGUCAACCAGUUAAGGCACCCCGCUUGUCAGUCAGCCAGUUCAAAUACCCCACUUGUCAGUCAACCAGUUAA